AUGGAUGUUCCUGGGUUCGCCUUAAUUACAGGUGCGGCUUCUGGUAUUGGCAAGGCCUGCGCGUUGACCUUCGCAAGAGAUGGUGCAGCUGGAAUCGCCCUGUUCGACUUGAACGAGGAAGCUUUGGCGGCAGUUGAGCAAGAGAUUGAUGAGCAACAAACAAAGAUUGGCAGGUCGUGCCAGGUUCUCACACUGACGGUCAACGUGGCUGCAGAAGAAGAGGUGGAAAAAGCUGUCCUUGCUGUUGCGGAGCAAUUUGGUCGACUAGACUACGUUGUGAAUGCUGCUGGCAUUGCGAUCAAACACCAAGGCGGUACUGCUUUCGCAGACACUGCCGCCUGGCAGAAGACGCUGGACAUCAAUCUGACCGGUACCUUCUUCGUCCUGCGAGCGACUGCGAAGAUCAUGCUGAAGCAAGAGCCCAUCUUGUCGAGCAUAGAUGGUCGACCGCUUCAGAGGGGCUCAAUCAUCAACUGCAGCUCGAUCCAGGGCGUAGUCGGUGUCCCUUUGUCUGCUGCCUAUACUGCCUCGAAGCAUGCGGUGAUAGGCUUGACUCGAACUGCCUCGGAGGACUACGCUAAAGACGGCUUGCGUAUCAACGCCAUAUGCCCUGGCUACACCGAAACCCCCAUGACCACAAAAUCGCCCUUGAUACUGCAGGCGAUGGUGGAGCGAGUGGCUACUGCAGUGCCCAUGCAGCGUAUGGGUCAACCUCAUGAGAUCGCUGAUGGUGUCGUAUACCUGGCUGGUGGUAGGAGUUCUUUCGUGACCGGAACUGCCUUGUCUGUGGAUGGAGGAUAUACGCAAAGGUGA